GCCCGCCGGAGAGAGGACAAAAACAAUCGGCAUCUCCUUUUCUCUCACACAGGAGAACAGAAAGAAGGAGACUAAAUCCAUCUGGACUUCUCCGACGCUCUCACCGCCGUCAUCGACAUGGUCUCUCCGGUCACCGUGGUCAAGAGUGAAGGACCCAAGCUGGUGCCAUUCUUCAAGGCAACCUGUGUUUAUUUUGUCCUGUGGUUGCCAACCUCAAGUCCAUCCUGGUUUAGCGCACUUAUCAAAUGUCUGCCCAUAUUUUGCCUGUGGGUGUUUCUCCUGGCGCACGGCUUCAGCUUCCUGGGGGCUCGCGCCAGUGCCCGCAAGAUCCUGGCCGGCCUCAUCUUUUCUGCUCUGGGCGACGCCUUCCUCAUUUGGCAGGAGCAAGGCUACUUUGUCCACGGUCUUUUGAUGUUUGCCAUCACUCACAUCCUCUACUCCUCUGCCUUUGGGAUGAAGCCCGUCAAUGUGCGUGCAGGCCUGGUGAUCACGGGCGUGUCCAGCGCCAGCUACAUGCUUCUCUACCCUUACCUGUCAGGCCCUUUCACCUACCUGGUGGCCGUCUACAUUGGUCUGAUCGGCUUCAUGGGCUGGAGGGCCAUCGCAGGCCUGCAGCUGGCCAACGACUUGUGGACCUGGACCAAGCUGUCGGCCUGCCUGGGGGCCGUGCUCUUCAUGGUGUCCGACCUCACUAUAGCCGUUAACAAGUUCUGCUUCCCUGUUCCCCACUCGCGUGCCAUCAUCAUGGCGACUUAUUACGCCGCCCAGAUGCUCAUAGCCCUGUCGGCUGUGGAAUGCCAGGAUGCGGAGGUUGCCAGGAAGAGGAUAUGAGGACCCCCUGACCAAGUCCCAAGCCUCAGCCCUCAUCUCCAUUGUUACCAUAGCAACCGGAGCACCAUGGCCAUGUUUGAUAGCCCCACUCUUUUUGCGACAGUGUUAUCUUCAACCUCUCCCAGCAACAGUCCCAUCUAUCUUUGGAUCCUCAAACGCCGAGUGACCACGGGCGUUAGCACGGUAACGUUAACCUUCUCCCCAAAGUAGUAGGCCUCAUCGUUUUAUUGCUUUUAGGGGGAGCAUGUCACUGGGAACUUUUUAUGAAACGUGUGAGAGAGAGCAGAAGAAUGUGUGGAUUUAUGUGUUCGAUUCACGUACCUCACUUUUGAUGCGUCGCCUGCAGACGCAAGACACUUAACUUGGUCCAUUCAAUUCAAUAUUUGUGAUGUUCUGUCAUUUUUUAUUGUUUUCCGGCAAUGUUCAAAGUGGAACGAACCGGCCAACACCCAAGAAGAGUAGCAAUCGUGGUAUAGCUUUUGCCGUCUCAAAAAAGGGAUUUUAUUACAGGCUUUCCAACGUUCAGGAAUACCCUGCUCGACCGUCUCCCCCUGUAACAAGGUGCUAUUUUUAAAGUUAGGAGCUGUCGUAUUAGCUUUAGUUCCUUCCAUCCCAAUUACAAACAACCAUUUGCUUGGUCUGCUAAUGAAGAUAGAAAGAGGAAUAAAGCCAGAAAGUGGGGAAAACGGACUAGAUCAGCCAGUGUCCACUGAAGCUUUUGUGACUGAGCAUUUAUUUCAUCUGCAGGAGAGUGGGUUGUUUGUGGAAGGUAGGCUUUUACGAGUUUGCUCAGUCCAUGUUAUAGCGGAAGGUUCUUUUUACUCCUCUCUGAGAGAAAUACUUUAGGAAUUCAAACAGGUAGCACUUUCCACCCAUUGUCUAGGCCAGCCUUGGACAUGUACAUAGUAAUCAUUGUAAAUGCUGAAGAAAUAUCAGGAUUGUUCACUAUGAGAGAAAGUCCAUGGUGUUCUUUAAACUGAUCAGGCAGUCCACGCUGUCAUUAUGUGAAUGUUGACUGAAAAGAAGGUAUAUUGUUGAUCAAUUGUUCUGUAUGUGUGUUUGUAUUUUAGGGGGUUUGGAUGGCAUCGGCUCAGUUGUGGCAACUGGCUUUUUUCUACUGCUUUGGCAAUGGUUUUGUUUUGAUUGCUGUUGUUUUGUUAGUUAACAGGCAUGGUCGAGAUCGGGACUAAAGAGCAGAUGUAAACAUCAAAACCGAUAGUAGUCUACAAACUGACAGACCAAUUUUGUUAGCAGUUUGUUUUGAAUCUGUCCCAUCCUUCAUCGUUCAUCCCUGGAUACCACUCUCAGAAUGGAGAGUCUUAUCUAAUAUACACAAAUAUUAUCUUCAGAUGUCUUUUAUAUGCAUAUGUGCACACAUGUGUUGCUGACUCCAUGCACACUCUGCAACCAGCUGUAGGCCAUAAAUGCUGUGACCCAUCACAGAUGGAGUCAUCGUUGCAGUACACUACUGGAUAUUAUGGAUUCUCUCAAUGCUCUUAAAUAUGGAUCUGUGCUGGUGACCUCCUUCAGUGUUUUAUACAAUCCUCUAAGCAUGUAUGGCUGACAUUGACUCUUUUAAGGUUAGAAUAAUUGGAAGAAAAAAAAACUAAUAGGAAUAAGCAGUUGCCAUCGUAAAACCUUCUUUCACUUAACAGGCUAUUUUUAAGUUACGUAACGCUACUUUAGUACCUUGGCUUAUGAGUUUAUUUGGUUUUGUGACAGAGUUCGUAACUCAAAAUACGCAUAUCUCAAACCAUGGUUCUUUAUGAAAAAAACAGCACAAUUUUGGCUUUUGAAAAGAAAACUAACUUUUAGAUAAGAAAUAUUGUAUGAAAACAAUGCAUUUGAAUGUACUACAAACAACUGUAGUUUUAUGAAGUUAUGUAAUAAUAAUGUACAGCAUUUUUUACCUUGGAGAGCAGACUUCUAGGGUAUCUCCUUCAAGCUGAUUUUUCUGUCCAACACACUGUAAGCAGCUUCUCCACAUUUGCGUCGAUUAAUGUCCUCUGUUUAAAAAAAAUUACCGGCGGUAUCGACUUAUUCUGCUUCGGUUUCGUGCACAUUAGCAGUGCUAUGCUCGUACUGCUUUGCCAAAUCGGCUCAUAUCUUUCUUUAAUCCAUUGAAUAUCAUCCCCUUUGCACCCACUUUUUUGUUCCCGUGUUUGAACAAACAAAGUCUCGGUCUUCCAAUAGCUUUUAGCUAAUAAUUCGCAACGGCAACUAACGGUGGGGAGACUAUUGCACGCAACUUAAAGCAUAACAAUUAGCCGAUAGACAGUUCCUAUCCCCCUCAAACUUGUGAGCUGGGGAACUGCUAACCAGAGGUACAACUUUAUCAGUAAAAGUCAGUGAAUGUAAAGCAGCGUAGCUGGUGUAUAAAUUCUCAAUUGGGUGAGAGUCAAGUUGAGCAGUGCUAACCAAUGAGCUUAAUGCCAUUGGUUGUCAACUCAUUGUCCAGCGUAGCUCUACUUUACAUGUUGUCACACAGUCAGACUAGCUGGCAUCCGUUACAUGAACUUUUCCACUGAUAAUGUUGAGAUGUGAAAACAAUGCAACAAAUAAUAUCUGCUGUCAAAAUCUGAUUAAACAUUUUUUUAGUUUUGGUUAUCCGCGAUUAAUUAAAACUUUAGAUGAAUCAACUUUAAAAGAGACUUCCAUUAUUUGACAAAACUGCAAUUGAAUGUUAUUGUCAGAAUGUCAUACAUCAUGAACUUUUAUAGAAAUGUAUGAUGUCCAUCCAUCCAUCCAUCAUCUUCCGCUUAUCCGAGGUCGGGUCGCGGGGGCAACAGCCUAAGCAGGGAAACCCAGACUUCCCUCUCCCCAGCCACUUCGUCUAGCUCUUCCCGGGGGAUCCCGAGGCGUUCCCAGGCCAGCCGGGAGACAUAGUCUUCCCAACGUGUCCUGGGUCUUCCCCGUGGCCUCCUACCGGUUGGACGUGCCCUAAACACCUCCCUAGGGAGGCGUUCGGGUGGCAUCCUGACCAGAUGCCCGAACCACCUCAUCUGGCUCCUCUCCAUGUGGAGGAGCAGCGGCUUUACUUUGAGUUCCUCACGGAUGGCAGAGCUUCUCACCCUAUCUCUAAGGGAGAGACCCGCCACACGGCGGAGGAAACUCAUUUGGGCCGCUUGUACCCGUGAUCUUAUCCUUUCGGUCAUGACCCUAAGCUCAUGACCAUAGGUGAGGAUGGGAACAUAGAUCGACCGGUAAAUUGAGAGCUUUGCCUUCCGGCUCAGCUCCUUCUUCACCACAACGGACCGGUACAACGUCCGCAUUACUGAAGACGCCGCACCGAUCCGCCUGUCGAUCUCACGAUCCACUCUUCCCUCACUCGUGAACAAGACUCCCAGGUACUUGAACUCCUCCACUUGGGGCAGGGUCUCCUCCCCAACCCGGAGAUGGCACUCCACCCUUUUCCGGGUGAGAACCAUGGACUCGGACUUGGAGGUGCUGAUUCUCUUCCCGGUCGCUUCACACUCGGCUGCGAACCGAUCCAGCGAGAGCUGAAGAUCCCGGCCAGAUGAAGCCAUCAGGACCACAUCAUCUGCAAAAAGCAGAGACCUAAUCCUGCGGUCACCAAACCGGAACCCCUCAAUGCCUUGACCACGCCUAAAAAUUUUGUCCAUAAAAGUUCUGAACAGAAUGGGUGACAAAGGACAGCCUUGGCGGAGUCCAACCCUCACAGGAAAUGUGUCCGACUUACUGCCAGCAAUGCGGACCAAGCUCUGACACUGAUCAUACAGGGAGUGGACUAUGUUCUGACACUGAUCAUACAGGGAGUGGACUAUGUUCUGACACUGAUCAUACAGGGAGUGGACCGCCACAAUCAGACAGUCCCAUACCCCAUACUCUCUGAGCACUCCCCACAGGACUUCCCGAGGGACACGGUCCAAUGCCUUCUCCAAGUCCACAAAGCACAUGUAGACUGGUUGGGCAAACUCCCAUGCACCCUCAAGAACCCUGCCCAGAGUCUAGAGCUGGUCCACAGUUCCACCACCAGGACCAAAACCACACUGUUCCUCCUGAAUCCGAGGUUGGACUAUCCUGCGUAGUCUCCUCUCCAGUACACCUGAAUAAACCUUACCGGGAAGGCUGAGGAGUGUGAUCCCACCAUAGUUGGAACACACCCUCCGGUCCCCCUUCUUAAAGAGAGGAACCAGCACCCCGGUCUGCCAAUCCAGAGGUACCGCCCCCGAUGUCCACGCGAUGCUGCAAAGUCUGCAAAUGUAUGAUGUACCCAUCUCAAUUUUUAUAUACAUUUUAUUUUGUAUAUAUUUUGGCCGCACAAGUCCAUCUGCCACAAUUAAACAUCAAAUAUUUACAUAGGCGCUUGUGUUCAUUCACAUAUUCAACAAAAGACAGUGACUGAAACAGAGCCUACGAGAGUGUGGUCUUUCGGGGCCCAUUAGUAUUGGUGAAUUACUGUUCCGGGUGGGGGCCGUUUCCUUUUUCAUUGUCCGAGUCGAUCGUCUUUGGCUUUGGGGCUGUGUCUUGUGCAUUUUGUUGUUUCUUCUCCAAGAUGAGGGUGAUUCCAUAAUUAGCUGAACGGCUGACUGAAUGAUUAUGUGAAUGCAUUAAAAGUCAACAAUAACAAUACAACUUCAUUGGUCUGAUGCAACGGGGCUAAAGUAUUUUGCAGCAUGUGAAGUGAGGCUUGUGACUCGGAAAAAAUACAUAAAUGAGCAGCAGCAUCGCAUAAAGCGAAGGGUUCAUAGCAUGGGCGAAAAUGUGGCAGCUUGGAGUUGGGAAAUCACUUUAAGGGCAAAUUAAAAUGGGACUUCUAUAACUCUCACACAGUGUGAAAGAAGAUAACUACCGCAAAAUCAUAAAUGACAUAAUCACUUUAACUGAGUCCAGUGACGGGAAAAACUGGAGUCUUGUUGCAUCUAACGAGUAUUUUUUUUGUUUUUUCUUUUCUUUUUUUUUACUUUUAAAGGCUGCGGAAAAGGCCAGAGAAGAAGCAAAACGGAUUCAAUUUGAGGUCUCUUUCGGCUGUGAUGAAGUGAGGUCAGCAUUGCAAGUUUCCCUAAAUUACAAUUAGUCUCCAUGCUUCAUUAGUGGUAACAAUAACUCCAACUAGGGCUGGGCGAUAUGGCCUUUUUUUAAUAUCUUGAUAUUUCUAGGCCAUAUCGCAAAACACGAUAUAUAUCUCCAUAUUUUGCCUUAGCCUUGAAUGAACACUUGAUGCAUAUAAUGACAGCAGUAUGAUGAUUCUAUGUGUCUACAUUCAAACAAAUACUGCAUUCAUAUAUGCUACUUUUAAACUUUCAUGCAGAGAGGGAAAUCACAACUAAAAGUGUAUUUAUGAAACAGUUAUUAAGCAGUGGCACAAACAUUCAUGUCAUUUCCAAAACAGAAAGUGCAAGAUUGUCAGAGACAUUUUAAAACAAGCUAUGAGUGCACUUUUGUGCAUGAUGUCACUAAGAUGACAUAUCAAAACAACACUAAAUUAAAGUGCACUUUUUAUACAGAACACCACUACAAUAGUUUAAAACCAAUAAAGUGCACUUUUGUGCAUGAUGUCACACAAGAUGUUUCAAUAAGUGUCAAAUAAAAAUGAGCUGCAUAAAAGGAAAUCAAAUAGUGUUCGUCCUUCGCUAUGUGGUAGGUUCCUGCGGACGUUAUCUCCUUUUGUUGUUGAUUAGUUUUUUCAUACGGUGUUGAUCUGGAAAUGUUUGCCUCGGCAUUUUGAUGGUGUGGGCGUGUGGCAGCGAAUGGAGAUGUUGACAUGCGGAGUAAGCACUCUUCAUUCUCGAGCAGGUGACUUUUCAAAUGAUGCUACAUAUUAGCAGUUAUGCUACUUUUGGUAGCAACGUUGUGCCCCACACUUGACAAAUUAAAGUUGUCUAUCAGACAUCUUCCCUCUUGAAGCCGAACCACCGCCAGACGAUGGACCCCGUGCGUUUUUUCUUGGGAAUUAAUUCUUCCUUCAUUCGCACCUUCUGUCUCUCGUAUUACCACUCACACGGCUUCGCUAGCAUCACAGCUACCUCUCUGCUUCGCGAGGGCUGAUACUUAUGUGAUGUAUGAGGUGACAGUAUGUGACGUAUGUAAGAAGGUGCGCUUACUGUCUGUGAAAAGGAGACACAAGAAGGAGUGGGAGGAGCCUGUAGUGUAAUGCCCGCAGCUAAAAGCAACUGCGUGAGAACGUAUACGCGAAUAUCCCGAUAUAGUCAUUUUCUAUAUCGCACAGAGACAAACCCGCGAUGUAUCGCGUAUAUCGAUAUAUCGCCCAGCCCUAGCUCCACUAAUUACACAUAAAAUCUCCGUAAUUGCAAAUCAAUUUGUGUGUUAUAUGUCUUUUAUGUUGCACAAUUGCGCCAGAUAAAAUUCCUAGUUUGUGAACCCGUUCUCAAACAAUGGCAAUAAAAACUUUUCUGAUUCUGAUUCUGAUAAACACAAGUGAGCAUUGCCUACAAUGCGACAUAUUUGGUUAUCUCUACAGUGAAAUUAUAUGCUGGAGUAUGCAAAACAAACUGCAAUGGAAAAAGAAAAGGACUCAUUAAUACACAAAUGUUUCCCUGCUGUCUGCAGGCACAUCUUUGACUACAUUUACACUGCAGGCCAAAGUGGACCAAAUAUGUUUUGUUCAAAAUCUGAUGUUUUUCCAGCUGACUGCUUCGUUUACAAGUAGAAUGUGAUUUUUUUUUUUUAUCAGAUUCAGUGUCCAGUGUAAGUCUCCCGUCCAAAGGCAAAACCUAGUAACUCAAUUCUUGCUGAUUUUGAGAAAACAAAGGAAAAGCAAUCUAUCUCGAUGCUGUCUUACAAAGAUCUACAAAGUCAUCCAACGUAUAGAUGUUUUCUUCAGCUUUCAUUUUCUUGCCGAUUGAGCCAUGGAUUGAAUCUGCUCUCAUGAACGUGUGUGGCCUUUCUCCAGAUAUUUGAUCACAAUCUCGGGUGGGCCCCAUCCUGCGUUUGCACAUUGGACAAGAGCCGUGUACAGCGUCCAGUUCUUAAUUUGACCUCCACAGUUAUCUGCCCAAAAGAGUAUGCAAGGGGAAGAAUCAAGAAGAAUACAUUUAAUGAAGGUGCUUGCAACGUCCUGGGCCAAUCUUACAAAUAUCCCCUCCUGCCAUAAUAUCACAUAAUCAGGUUGACCCUCGGCCCCCAUUCCUGCAAAUGUCUCAUUAAAGACAAUAAGACGACUGACAAAGAAGCUCCGAUUGGUCCCUUGAGAUACUAGGUUUUUCUGUUGUAUCUACGCGGUUAUGUGGUAGUUACUAGGUCCUGCCAUGCGCGUAACAGCUUACUUACGGAACAAAUGACAAUAUCGCAUACACUAAUGUAAAGCAUAUCACCUAGGAACUCCAAAAUUAUUAUCAGCUCAGUUUUCACCAAAAUUGAGUUACUGGGUUUUGCCUUUGGACGGGAGACCUGGAGCUAUAACGAUAGUUUUUCACUUGGCUGACAACAAUUGUGGUAGAAAUGAGUAAAGGUGCCAUUUCUGCCCGAAGCACGCUCGUUUGUAUGUGUUGCGUUUGUCACUCUGACCCGUCAGCGUGACCACUUGUGGUUCCAAUCUGUCCAUCCAGCAUCACAGCUCAGACACUCACUCGCCAUUUUCCUCGUCCAUGCUCGUUUUGUCAUGAGCCUCGGGCCCAGGAAGCACGAUAGAAAACGCAAGACGGAGUCAAGCAGUCUUACUCAUCUGCACCAUGUAGGCAUUUUUAUGUAAGCAGCCCCUUUUUGGUUGCCAAAUAAAGGCAUAAGGAGCGUCAGAGAAGAUGAAGUCUUUCUCCGGUUAUUUUUGUUGGACAACCCACACACUCCAGAAAGUUCCCACUACUAUGCAUGCUGAAGUCAGAAGGCUGGAAGUUGUCGUUCCCAUCAUACUGCUGUACAGCACGAGUAACCAAAGCUAACAUUUAGUGUCAUUUUCCCACGUAUGUUUGUCCUACUGUUGACUGCUGAUGUUGCUGGAAUAAGAUGAGGGGGGGGGGAAAUAUGACACAGGAGAAGGCACUCUCUGCUUCAGCCUCCCAACAGAUGGCAGACGGGUCGGUCACUUUACUUCAGCCUGUCAACAGUCCUGUUGUUGUUGUGAGCUUUGUGCCAGCAGACAAAGGGAGACCUGAAAGAGGUGCGGGGGGGCAUUUGGGUCUGUCCAGGCUGGCCAGUAAUGAUCCAGAACCAGUAGCUGGUGUAGUUUAGAAGUACAGGUAUUUUCAUGCACCUUCUUGUCACUCUUCUCGUUUUUAAAGUGUCCGUUAAAACACUUUGUUCAGAGUACGGAUCAACCGGGCUUCUCUAUCAUUUGAAAGUUGAGACAUUAGCAAUCUUGUAUUUGAAGACUUUUAAAGUGUACAAUAGAGCUGCAACCAUUAAUCGAGUAAAAGGGUCAUAUUAUGCAAAAACUAUUUUUCUUACAUUUUUGCGCCUGUUUUAGUGCAUUUUGGGAUCCCUAUAACUCCUCCAAAUUUAAUUCCAAACCACGGAGGCUCGACAGACAUAGGCUUAGGUUCCAUGAUAUGUUUCUAUUAUUAUUAUUAUUGAUGCACACAUCCAUCCAUCCAUUUUUUACCGCUUAUUCCCUUUGGGGUUGCGUGGGGCACUAGUGCCUAUCUCAGCUACAAUCGGGCGGAAGGCGGUGUCCACCCUGGACAAGCCGCCACCUCAUCGCAGGGCCAACACAGAGGAAGGCGGGGUACACCCUGGACAAGUCGCCACCUCAUCGCAGGGCCAACACAGAUAGACAGACAACAUUCACACACUAGGGCCCAUUUAGUGUUGCCAAUCAACCUAUCCCCAGGUGCAUGUCUUUGGAGGUGGGAGGGGCCUAUCCCCAGGUGCAUGUCUUUGGAAGUGGGAGGAAGCCGGAGUACCCGGAGGGAACCCACAGAUUCACGGGGAGAACAUGCAAACUCCACACAGAAAGAUCCCGAGCCCGGGAUUGAACCCUGACUACUCAGGACCUUCGUAUUGUGAGGCAGACGCACUAACCCCUCUGCCACCGUAAAGCCUAAUGCACACAUAAUCAGUGAAAUUUUUAUGUAUUUUUUGUGCAUUUAAUAAAUAUAAAUAAUCAAUUACAUUUUAUUUAUAUAGCCUUUAAUGACAAGUGUCUCAAAGGGCUGCAAAACGACAUCCUCGGCUCAGAUCCCACAUCAGGGUAAAGAAAAAACCCAACCCAAUGGAGGUUAUAAAGUGACUCAAUUAAUCAAAGAAAGUCAUUGAUAUAUUAGUUAUAUACUAAAUGAAUCAAUAGCUGCAGCCCUACGGUACAAUUAAAGCAGUGGUUCUGAACCUUGUUGGAGGUACCGAACCCCAUUAGUUUUAUAUGUGCAUUCACCAAACCAUUCUUAGUGAAAAAUGAAAUGUUUAUUUUUUCAAAUUCAAGACAAAGUUCUAUGCUUUUGGGAACACUUUAGUAUGGGGAACAUAUUCUAAGUAACAAAGAUUUGAUUUAUAGGUUUGUGGACACUAAGGGAAUAUAUUCUAAGUAACAAAGGCUUAAUUUAGAGAUAUUUGGUUAGGGUUAGGGUUCGAGGAUUAGGGUUAUAAUGAGGCCAUGCCAAAUAAGGCAUUAAUAAGUACUUCAUAAUGACUAGUUAAGAGCCAAUAUGUUAGUAAUUUGCAUGUUAAUGAGCAACUAAUUAAUGGUGAAUAUGUUCCCCAUACUAAAGUGUUACCAUGUUUUUUUUACUGGUGCACAAAAUGAAGCGUGCAUGAACCUCACCUUGUUCAAAGAACAAAACCAACACCGUGCAUAAACUCACAACAAAUUACACACCUGCAAAUCAGUGUUACUUCUGCUUUUGUAGUAUCCGUAAUAUGCCGAUAGGGAGAAGUUUUUAUUUACACGACGAGUCGAGUGUGUUUUGACCUCCUCUGAACCCCUGAGGCUGACUCACCGAACCCCUAGGGGUUGAUGGAACCCAGGUUAAGAACCACUGAAUUAAAGCAAAUUGUUCAUUGAAGACCCAACUUUUGCUUCAAAUGUUGUUUCUAAUGUGAUGUUUGAGUAUUUGUGACCUGGAAAUGUCUGAAGAAAGACUGCAAGAUGUUGUGUUAAGACGGGUGUUGUCAACGUGUGAGGCAGAUCCUCACCUGGGAGACGUCAGGGGGGGUGUUAUGUCUUAUAUGAAUCAUUAUUAUUAUUACAUUAUCUGAUGGGACACACUGUAAGGUUUUAGACUAUGCUCAAAGUUAUUUUAGAAUCUUUGGCAACAUGUUGAAUUUUCACUAUUAAAAAACAAUGUCAAUUGAAGUGAAUUAUAUUUAUAUAGCGCUUUUUCUCUAGUGAAUCAAACAGCAUUUACAUUGACAAACCCAUUAUCUACAUUUAAGCUACGCUUCCAGCAGUGUGGGAGCAAGGUGGGUCACAACAACAGUGACUGGGAUGGCGGAAGCUGCAUUUCAACCAAGUAAACCUCAAGUUUCUGGCCGUCCAUUCUAGCAUUUGAGCCACGUUUCACACCCACAGAAGAUUGUUUUUUGUUUAAAUUGCGGACACAACUUCUUACAGUCUUUUGCCACUUUCUUGUGUACUAAAACUCAGUCACCACAACAAUUACCCACAAUGUGCUGACACAAAUGAAUCCUAUCACUCUUUCAAAUGGUGAUCCGAAUAUACAAUGUGCUGCUAUGAUGAUGGAACUAAUUGUUGUAGUAUUCAGAUGAAAAGUUACAAAUAUUUGAACUAACAAUGAUUGUUGAAGCACAACAAAGCAAUGCAUUUUUUAUUUUAUUGCAUUUAUUUUCCUAGAGGUCUUUCAGAGCUGUCAGUGUUGAGUUUUUUGUUUUGUUUUGCAAAUAAGCAGCAUUUCACUCUUGGAAACAUUGUUUUCCACAUGUAUCUUUUAAUUGUAUUUAAUGAAACAAAGUGUUUACCUAUAUUUCCAUGCCCUAUAGUUUCCUUUAUUGUCCUUGAUUUUCAUUUUGUGAUUUUCUUUCUUUCAAAUUUGUAUAGACGAACAUGUUUCGUUGUUGUAGUGAAAACUGCUAUGAAUGUGAAUGUCUAGUAAAUAAACGCAAUCACAAUGCAACUUCAACAA